AUCACAGUGCACGUGUUUGUAAAAUAUUAGCCAUGUUCUAACAUGAGCAACACUUCAACAAACAGCAAUCAAGAUCCGUCUCUCUUCCAGCUUUUCUUCUCCUCCAUUCUUAUUUUCACUUUCCAUGUUCUGCCAUUUACCUGAUUCAUUUCCCAACCAUCAUUCACAUUCCUUUCCUCUACCAAGUAACGUCUUAUCUUCCUCUCCCUCUUAAUAUCAUUUCCCAACCUAACUGUUUCUCGAAGGAUACAUUAAUUUGCUACAAUGUCAGUCUGGAUUGCAUUAAUCUUGUCUCUUGAUUGACUGCUACAAUGGCUUCAUUAGUUUGUUACUUUCACAUAUGACUUCUUCUUUCUCCUUCUCGUUCUUAUUUUGAUAGGCAUAUUAAACUACAUUGUAGAUAUAGCGAAUCAUAGAUUAAACAACAGACAUGUCAACUGAACCAGGGCCGUAUGAGCCGAAGAACAUCCUCAUAACUGGAGCAGCUGGUUUCAUAGCCUGUCAUGUCACUGCUAGGCUAAUCCAUAAGUACCCUUCAUACAACAUUGUAGCUCUUGAUAAGUUGGACUAUUGCUCUACUUUCAAGAAUCUCAGGUCGUCCUCCACAUCACCAAACUUCAAAUUCAUCAAGGCUGACAUAGCCAGUGUUGACAUUGUGAAUUACCUUAUGAUCAAGGAGAAAAUAGACACAGUCAUGCACUUUGCCGGUCAAACCCACGUCGAUAAUUCGUUUGGAAACUCCAUGGAUUUCACCUACAAUAACAUAUAUGGCACCCACGUGCUUCUUGAGGCCUGCAGGGUCACCAAUUGCAUAAGAAGGUUCAUCCAUGUCAGUACUGACGAAGUUUAUGGCGAGACUGACUUGGACACCGACAUAGGCAAUCACGAGGCGUCUAGGCUUCUUCCUUCCAAUCCAUACUCAGCAACAAAAGCUGGAGCAGAAAUGCUGCUCAAAGCUUAUCAUCGGUCUUAUGGUCUUCCAGUUAUAACAACUAGGGGCAAUAACGUGUAUGGUCCCAAACAGUACCCUGAAAAGCUUAUACCAAAAUUCAUUCUUUUAGCCAUGAAAGGUGAGAAAUUGCCAAUCCAUGGGGAUGGAUCAAAUGUGAGAAGCUAUCUCCAUUGCGAGGAUGUUGCAGAAGCAUUUGAUGUCAUACUCCACAAGGGGGUGAUUGGACAUGUCUAUAAUAUUGGCACUAAAAAGGAGAGGAGUGUGCUGCAUAUUGCAGAGGAGAUAUGCAAGCGCUUUCAACUGAAUCCUAAACAAGUCAUAGAGUAUGUUAGAGACAGGCCUUUCAAUGACAAAAGAUAUUUUCUGGAUGAUCAAAAGCUCAAGAAGCUGGGGUGGGAGGAGAAAAUUUCUUGGGAGGAAGGACUUAAGAUGACCAUAGAUUGGUACAAAGAAAAUCCUAAUUGGUGGGGUGAUGUGUCUACUGCUUUGAGCCCACAUCCACGUUUCUCAGCAAUCAAUCUCUCUGAUGAACCAGUGUGGUCCUUUCAAUAUGGAUUUGCAAGACUAGCAAGGUCAUACACCGACAUUAAACGCAAUUCAGACACAAAAUUCCUGAUAUAUGGGAAGACUGGUUGGAUAGGGGGGUUGUUAGGAAAGCUUUGUAAUGAAGAGAGAAUAGCUUGGGAGUAUGGGAAUGGAAGACUGGAAGAUAGGAGAUCACUUUUAGAGGAUAUAAGGAGAGUAAGGCCAACCCAUGUGUUAAGUGCAGCAGGAGACACUGGGAGACCAAAUGUUGAUUGGUGUGAAUCACAUAAAGUAGAAACAAUAAGGACUAAUGUGGUGGGCACCUUAACUCUGGCUGAUGUUUGCAGGGAACAGGGUUUAUAUAUGAUGAAUUUUGCAACUGGUUGCAUAUUUGAGUAUGAUGAGGAGCAUCCUCUAGGAUCAGGCAUUGGCUUCAAGGAGGAGGACAAGCCAAAUUUCAUUGGUUCCUUCUAUUCAAAGACCAAGGCCAUGGUAGAAGAUCUCAUGAAAAAUUAUGAAAAUGUGUGCACGCUCAGAGUUAGAAUGCCAAUAUCAUCAGAUCUCAGCAACCCAAGAAACUUGAUCACAAAGAUUACUCGUUACAGGAAGGUGGUGAACAUACCAAAUAGUAUGACAGUGUUAGAUGAGCUCCUACCCAUGUCAAUCAGGAUGGCCAGGAAGAACUUGAGAGGGAUAUGGAACUUCACCAAUCCGGGAGUGAUAAAUCACAAUCAGAUAUUAGAAUUGUACAGAGAUUAUAUAGACCCCCAAUUCAUUUGGGAAAAUUUUAAUUUGGAACAACAGGCGAAGGUGAUAGCUGCUCCCAGGAGUGACAAUGAAAUGGAUGCAUCAAAGCUCAAGCAAGAAUUUCCAGGGAUAUUGCCUAUCAAAGAUUCCAUCAUCAAGUAUGUCUUUGGGCCCAACAAGAAAACUUGAGCACUUUUCAAACCUUUCAUGUAACCUUUGUAUCUAAACAUCUAUUCGAAAGCAAUGUAAGAAUUCAAGUAUAGGAACCGCUGCUUUUUUCUUUUAUUUCUUGCCACUUUUAAUUUACAUACGGUCACUUUUUUGAGAGAAACUUAACAAUCUCCUGUAACUUACUGUUCAUUGACAUACAAGACAAAUCUCAAGUAUUUUAGCUCUUUGUUGUCAUCUUCUUAACAUUAGAUGUCCGUCAUCUUAGAUUAAGCUUCAGGUUCCAUACGUUUAAAUGGGAAAUCAGAAACAGAACAAGUAGCUGACCACUAAAAGAAUGACAACGUCCACGGUGAUAUUGGGAUUUUACUGUUAACUUUUCUUUCUGCCAUUAUUUUAUAUU